AUGAUUGUUUCUUUAUAUCUAUUUCUUCUUAUUCCAUAUUUCUAUUUCUCUAUUUUAUUGUUUAAUUUCUUUUUCAUUUUCAUUUUUCAUUUCACACUCUUCUUUCCUAAAACCCUUUUCAUUGGUAAUUCUUUUACUAUUCUUGUUAUGUCAUUUACUGGUAUUAAUGUUCAUCCUCUUUAUGUCCUCGAAGGUUCAUGUUGUUUGUCUGUCUUUAUAAGAAAUGAUGAACCAAUCAAGAAACAGAAGGUAAUCAAAAACAAUACCAUUUCUAGUACAUUAUUUUAUUUAAUAAUUGACAUAUUAUUCAGAAUGAGACCACUAAUUCAUUAUAUAAUUAAACAGAUAUGA